AUGGUUGUUAGAAUUAUGAUUGACUGGGAUAUUAAAGACUUAUUUUUAACAUUAAUUCCUUUAGAAGAUGCUACAGCUAAAAAUAUUUAUAAGGUAAUAAAACAAUUUUUUGAUAAUCAUAAAGUACCAUACACUAAGAAUUGUAUUGGAUUUGCUGCAGAUGGUGCCAAUGCAAUGAUGGGUAGGAAUAAUUCGUUGAAAACUUAUUUAUUAAAAGAUAUACAACAUUUAUUUACAAUGAAAUGUAUUUGCCAUUCAUUGGCAUUGUGUGCAAACUAUGCUUGUAGUAAAUUACCUGAAAAUGUUGAAAAAGUUACUCGCGAUGUGUUUAAUUUCAUGCAUCAAAGUCUCAAGCGUCAAAAAGAGUUUCAAUCAUUUCAAACAUUUUAUGAGUUAAAACCUCAUAAAAUUCUACAACCUUCCCAGACAAGAUGGCUGUCAUUAAAUAUGGUAGUUAAUAGACUUUUGGAGCAGUAUAGUGCCUUAGUAGCUUAUUUUCGAUUGCAGGCUUUUGAAUCAGAUGCACUGACUAAAUCAUUAGGUAACCAAAGAUAUUUACAAUCAGUUGAAUAA